UCUCUCUCUCAGCACACACAACCCAAAACCGCCCACCAUGCCAGCCCAAAAGCGCACUCGCAGCGGCGACCCCAAGCCGCAACCCAAACCUCCCUCACAGCAACCAACCACCACCCCAACGACCGCAACUCCACCCUGCGCCCAACCCCAACAAGCCGCACCCACCACCACCCACCCCACCCCAAAACGCAUGCGCACAAGAGCCAACCACAAGAACACCUACGUCCCACACAUCCGCGGCCCGCGCCCACCCCCACCACAACACACCCCGGAACCACGCACGCGCGGCCCCAAACCCGCGAAACCCACGGCCAUCCAGAAGCGCCCGCAGCUGCCCCCAAACGCCACGCUCACGAAACGGCCGCUCCUGCGCCCCGCCAUCCCGCGCCCCGAGGCCGCCGCCGCCGCGCCCAAGGUGCUCUACGUGUCUGCGGCGACGCCGUUCGUGGCCGCGUGUAAGCGCAUUCGCGGGCUGCUGGCGGGGAUCGAGCGGCGGGGGACGCAGGCCGCGGGUGCGGGGGAGGGGCGGGGGAACAGGAGGGGCAGGGGCGGGAGUAAUAGUCGCGGUGGAGGCGCGCAGGGGCUGCAGGCGAAUGGGCGUCUGGACGCGGCGGCCGUGGAGGCGAGUAUUGCGCUUGCGGCGGCGGCGGGGAAGAAGGGGAAGGGGAAGGGAGUGGAUGCGGGACGCGGAGAAGAAGUCUACGUCAAGGCGACGGGGCGGGCGAUUCCGCGGGCGCUGGAGCUGGGCGUCAAGUUCCAGGGCGAGAGCGAUUGCCGGGUGCGCGUGGAGAUGGGGAACGUGCAGGCGAUUGACGACGUGGAGAUGGGUGGCGACGACGGGGAGGACGACGAGGAUGUGCCGGAGACGCGGAUACGCAUGCUGAGUACGGUGACGGUGUGUAUUGGACUGGCGUGAGUGGACAUCACUACGAAUUAAGAUACCCAUAGCAGCGAGGUGGACC